UGGGUCGUGGGUACCCAUAGGGUCGUCAGGUUUGGGGUUCGAAGUUUUCUAAUUUCAGCCUCUGCAAACUGCCUUCACCUCCGCUUUUCACCGUUUGAACAAGAAGACUGAAGCUUCAUCGCUGCAACCUCUCGGCGCCUCUAUCUCCAAUCUUCACGUCAGCUCUGUUCGAAGUUUUCUAGUGGCCAUUCGCCACCAGUCUUCUCACGGUCCCUCUGUUUUCCGCUACCGCUACCUCAGACGCCGCAAACUCUGUUUUCCACUAUCAACAACAGAAGAAGCUUCAGGUGCCUCUAUCUUUGGAAAAUCUGUCUUCGAUCAGUAGAACAACUAUUGGGAGGAGAAUCGUACUUUCGGUACCUUAGUUGAAUUGCUGUACAUAUUUUAAUUGAAGUAGAAGGAAGAGGCAAGAAGAGAAGCGGAGAUGCAGCAUGAUGAGGUUAUAUGGCAAGUCAUCAGRCACAACCACUGUAGUUUUAUGGCCAAGAUCACAACUGGGAAUUUCUGUCGGAACCCAUAUAAUGUGACUGGAAUUUGCAACCGAAGCUCUUGCCCACUUGCUAACAGUCGCUAUGCCACCAUACGGGACCAUGACGGAAUCUUUUAUUUAUAUAUGAAAACUAUAGAAAGGGCUCAUAUGCCAAAUAAAUUAUGGGAGAGAGUUAAGUUGCCAAGAAACUAUGAGAAGGCACUUGAAAUCAUUGACAAACAUAUGAUGUAUUGGCCUAAGUUCCUUGUACACAAAAUAAAGCAACGACUCACUAAAAUGACUCAAAUGCGGAUACGCAUGAGGAAACUUGCACUAAAAACAAGGGAAAAGAUAAUGACAACACCAAGRAAGGAGAAAAAGAGAGAGGCUAGGAGAGAAGAAAAGGCUGAAAAGGCUGCACUUUUGGAUAAGAGUAUUGAGAAAGAAUUGUUAGAACGUCUUAAGAAAGGAGUUUAUGGUGACAUAUAUAAUUAUCCUGUCAAGGAAUAUAAUAAAGUUCUUGAUAUGGAAGGACUACAGGCUGCUAGUGAGGAUGAAGAGGAGGAACCUGAGAUAGAAUAUGUAGAAGGCUAUGAGGAACUUGAAGAAGAAGAUAUGGAGGAUUUUGGUGGUCCUGCCAUUGAUGAGUCUCUGAAGGAUGGUGAUUAUGAUGACAUCGGUGAAGAUGAUGUGAAAACAGUUCAUCAGAAAAGGGAGAGAAGAGAUUCUCAGCAAAAGCUUGAGAAGGAAGAACCUGGUGCAAAGUUGAAAAAGAAAGCAAGGGUGAUUAUUGAGGUUGAACAUGAAGAUGCUGGAAUAAGGCAAAAGGAAGUCCAAUGAAAGAGUCUAUAAUGAACUUCUGGAAUCAAGUUACCAAGUACAAGUGGUUAUUGAGUCAGGUACAAGCUGUAUCGUCUCAUGACUCGCUUGAGGAUAGAGAAAGGUUUAUCAUCAUAUUUUUGAUUUAAUUUUGACCGUGAUAUUUUGUCCCUUCAGAUUUUGAUCUUUGAAGAUAAAAACAAUCCAAGGCAAAAUAUGCAUAAGAUCAGUUACACAAAAUUUAUGAAUGGGAGUUGUGAUUUUGUACACA